GCUCUAUUAUCUAUACCCAUUUAAUUCCCGUGUUGUAAUUUGUAAUGGAGCACAGGUCAGAAGCCAAGUGGGAAGGCAAGGCGUCUGCAAGGCUAUCAAGAGCCAGAGCUGACCAAAUAUGGCCUCUCUUCACCGACUUCUUCAACCUCCACAACUGGUUCCCAACCCUUUCCACCUGUUACGGCCUCCAGGGCACCAACGGCCAACCCGGCUGCGUUCGCUACUGCGCUGGAUUUUCCAUCAAGUCCCCCAGCGGCGACGGCGACGGCGACGAGGACAGCACGCCCGUCAACUGGUCCAAGGAGAGACUGGUGGCCCUUGAUCCCAUGGAACGUAGCUUGACGUAUGAGAUUGUGGACAGCAGCAUCGGGUUCGAGUCGUACACGUCGACGGUCAAGGUGAGUCCUGCCGGUGAAGAGGGGUGCGUGAUCGAGUGGUGGUUCGCGGUGGAUCCGGUUGAAGGGUGGAGAUUGGAAGAUUUGAGGAAGAAGUACGACGUGGGCUUGCAGCGCAUGGCGGAAAGAAUGGAGAAAGCGGUUGCAGAUUUAAAGGAUGGGGAUGGUUGUACUGGAUUUCGUACUACUGUUGCUUAAUCAGUGGCUGUGCUCCUUUGCUUUACAAUAAUAAUAAUAAUAAUCUUUAGCAUUAGAAA